AUGGUGUCCAUGAAAACCAACAGUGGACCAACUAAGGAGGAAAUAAAUGCAAUUGAGAAAGGAAAAGGUAUGGAUUUCAGGAAACAGUCAAGUGGCAAAGACAGAAAAGGAAAGAAGGGAGAGGAAACUCCAAAGAAGAAAAAACAUUCUGGAAAUGAAAAGUGCAAGUUAUGUGAGUCUCGAGCGAAUAACCCCAAAGAACCAAUGCAGACACCAAAAGUUCCAGAUCGUCCCUGGAGGAGACUUGCAGUUGACAUGCUCCCCUUUCGCAAGAAAUAUUACAUAGUCCUAGAAGAUUAUUGUUCAGACUUUGUGGAAGUCCAAGAGCUCAGUGACACGACCUCACCAGCCAUCAUUCAGUUUCUGAAGGAACAAUUCAGCUGGCACAGAAUCCCUGACAUUCUCAUUUCAGAAAAUGUCCCACAAUUAACAAGCCAUCAAUUCAGGAAGUUAACCACAGAGUGGGAGUUCAAACAUGUGACUUCAUCUCCCCAUCAUCACAAGUCAAAUGGGAAAGCAGGAUCUGCAGUGAAAGUCACCAAGAGUCUGUUCAAGAAAGCGUUCCGAGAUGAGAAAGAUCCUUGGCUAGCUUUACUUGAAUAUAGAAACACACCUGUGGAAACCACAGGAUCUAGCCCAGCACAGAGACUCAUGUCUCAAAGAACGAAGACGCUCAUCCCAACAGCCCCAACUCUACUUCAACUCCGUGUCGUGGAAGGUGUGGAAGAUAAAAUCAUACUGAAAAGGCAGAAAGUAAAGAGUUAUCAUGACCAAACAGCAAAGCCUUUGCUGCCACUUGAAGUCGGUCAAGAGGCCAGAGUAGCACCACUACAGAGAGGCAAGAGCUGGCAAGCAGGAACUCUUGUCAAGCAACUGUCCGACAGGUCUUACCUGGUGAAGACUGGUAGUGAAACCAUUCGUCGCAACAGGCAGUUUCUCAAACCACAGGAACAGUCAGCAGCAAAAGUUGGUAUGGAAACUUCACACAAAGUUACAAAGCCUGUUAGAGUACCUGUUCCCGAAGUGUCUAUCACAAAAAAAGUCAGCCCGCAUGUACCGGAUCCUGCACCUGAUCCCGUAACCAAUCAUUUACCUGAUCCUGUACCUGAUCUUGUGUCGGACUCUGUACCCAUGAAGUGUACACGUACCAGGAUAAUUAAGCCACCUCUCAAGUUCAAGGACUUUAUUUGA